AUGGAACAAUCAGUUCGAGCCCUUGGACAGCGAGCUAAUGGCUUGCAGACCCGAUGUGUCCUCGGCAAUGUCCAAUUCUCGGGUUGCGCGCCAACGAACACGACCUGUCUCUGUACUAGCGCGGAAUAUGCCGAUGCUGUGAGAGGCUGCUUGAAAGAGUGUACGAUCCGAGAGACACUUGGUCAGUCUAGCAAUUCUUAUUCUCCGUCGACCACUCUUGCCCUUUCUGACCUAGUAAUGUACAGCUGCGCUCAGAUUUCAGAAGACGACAUGCAAAGCUCCCAUUCGGGACCAAGGUGGCCGCACGAGAAACGUGGCGUGGGCGCUGUACUGCGUUGCUUGCAUCACCGUCUUUGGGCGAUUCCUCUUCCGGAGUACGGCAUUCUUGGGCAGCGGCCUGGGACCAGACGACCUCAUGGUAGGCCUCGGUCUCCUACUCGUCACCCCUUUGAACAUCACGAUGGACAUCAUGACACACCACGGUCUCGGUCGAGAUGUCUGGAUGGUGGAUCCGGACGAUGUGACCUUUAUCCUGAGAGCGUUCUGGUCGGGGGAAUUCUGCUAUAUCCUAGCUCUCGCCGCGACGAAGAUGGCAGUGGUAAGUCCACCCAGGGGGCACUACUUCUGCAAUCAAGUCAAAAGCCAGUCACUUACACCUCCAUGUCUUGAGUUUUCCAGGUCUUGCUCUACCUGCGCAUCUGGCAGAAAUCAGAGACGGGCCGGUCCAAGUUUCGGAUUGCCUGCGUCGUCUUGCUGGGAGUACUGCUUCUCGCAUCGCUUGGGCUAUGCCUGUCUCUCGCCUUCCAGUGCUGGCCGAUCAACCAUUCUUGGUAGGAGCAGCAGAAGCAUAGGAUCUUCGUGCAUUGCUAAUUCAAACCAAUCACAGGCUCUACUGGGACGGGGAACAUGAAGGCCACUGUACGAACUUACAAUCGGUCGUAAGCCUCGCCUCUCCCACAAAGAACAAAAAAGUGACGUUGGGAUUUCCCAGUUCUGAUGAUGACUCUCUGUCCCACAGGUCUUCGCCAUGGCAGGCACCAACAUCGGUCUCGACAUCCUCGUCUACAUCCUCCCCAUCACCGCGCUGAUGCGCAUCAAAACCAUGUCCCUGCGCAAGCGCAUCGGCGUCGGCCUCAUGUUCUCCUUCGGCCUCUUCGUCACCAUCUGCAGCAUCAUCCGCCUGCAGUACCUCAUCGCCUGGGGCCGCACCACCAACCCCACCUGGCACAACAACUUCCCCGCGCUGUGGAGUAUGGUCGAACUGAACCUGUCGGUCGUGUGUGCGUGCCUGCCGUCCAUGGCGGGCCUCGCGCAACGCGUCUACAAGGUGGCCACGGGGGGCAGUUGGGGGCCCUAUCCGACGGGCAAUUCCAGCUCCAGCUGGCGGACGCGGUCCGGCAGGAAUCGCGAUUCGGGCGUGCAGCUGCGUGAUAUCCCGUCGCCGUCGGCCGUUCCGGACGAGGGGAGUGAUUUUGGGAAUUAUCGCGUCAUCUCCGUCAAAGACCGAGUCCAUCCGAAGGCGUUCGAAGGCGAGAUAACAAGAUCUGAAGCGACUUUUAGUUAG